AUGUUGUUAUUGGUGGAUGUGUUGUUUGGGUGUUUUGUGGGUGGGUGGUGGGGGGGGUGUUGUGUGGGGAUGGGAGGUGGUGUUGGUGGGGGGGGUGUGGUUUUGUGGGGUAGUAGUGUGGGUUUGGUUUGGGUGGGUGUUGGGGGGGGUGGUGGGGUUUUGGGUGGUAUGUUUUGUGGGUGGGGGGGGGUGGGGUUGUUGGUGUGGGUGUUUGUGGGGGGUGUGGGGGGGAGGGGGGGGGGGGAUGGGUUUGGGGUAGGUGGGGGGGGUUUUGUGGGGUUGGGGUUGUGUUUUUGGGUGAGUGGAUUUGUUGGUGUUUGUGUUGGGGUGGGUUUUGGGUAUGGGGGGUGUGUUGGGGGUUGUAUAUUUUUAUUUAUUGGGGGUGGUGUUUGGGGUGGGGUUAUAUAUAGUAGAUUAAGGGGUUUUGGGGGGGUGGUGGGGUGGGGGUGGGGGGUUGUGGGGGUUGUGGUUUGUGGUGUGGGUGUGGGGGGGUUUGUUGUUUUGUUGUUUGUGUUUUUGGUGGGGGGGGGUGGGGGGGUUGGGGGUUGUGUUUGUGGGAGGGGUGUUGGUUUUUUUUGGGUUGGGGUUGGGGGGGGUGUGAUAUUUGGUGUUUAUUGUUGGUUUGGGGGUUUGGUGGUGGGUGUGGGUGGGGGUGGGGUGGGAGGGGGGUUGGUGUGUGGGGUGGGUGGGGGGGGAUGGUUGUGUGUGGUGGUUUUGGGUUGGGGGGGUUGGUUGGGGUGGUGUUGUGGUUGUGGGGGGGUUGUGUGGGUGGUGGUUGGGUUGUAUUUGGUUUUGUGGGGUGGGGGUGUGGUGUGGGAUUAUGAGUUGUUUGAUAUUGUUAUGUGUUUGUGUAAUUUGAAGUAUGGUUUUGGGUUGGAGAUUGGUGGGAUAUUGAGGGAGUAUGGGGAUGGUGGGGAAGGUUUGUAUAAAGGGGAGUGGUAUGGUAUUUGUGGGUAUUAUUGGUGUGUUGGUGGUGUGUGGUGGUUUGGGGGGGGGUGUGGGGUGGUUGGGGGGUUGGUGGUGGUUGGGGUGGGGGGGGGUGUGGGGGUUGGUUGGGGUGGGUGGGGGGGGUGUGGGGAUAUUGGGUUGGUGUGGGUUGGGGGGGGGUAUGUGGGGUUGGGGGGGGGGUGUUUUGGGGUGGGGGGUGGGUGGGGGGUAGUGGUUGGUUGGUGGGGUGGGUGGGGGUGGGGGGGUUGGGGGGGGGGGGGUGGGGGGAGGGUUGUGGGUGUGGGUGGAGGGGGGUUUUGUUUUUGGGUGGGGGAGGUGGGGGGGGGGGUGUUGGUUGUGUGGGUGGGGGGGGUGUGGGGGAUGGGUGUGGGGGGGUUUAUGUUGUUGUUGUUGGUGGGUUUGUGGUGUGGUUUGUGGGGGUGGUGGGGGGGGGUGGGUGGUUUUUUGGGGGGUGGGGUUGGGGGUUUUGUGGGGUGUGGUGAUGGUUGGGGGUGUUUGUGGGGGGGUGGGGUGUGUGGUGGGGUUGUGGGGUGUGGGUGGUUGGUGGUUGGGGGGUUGGGGUGUUUGUGGGGGGUGUGGGUGGGGGGGGGGGGGUGUUGGUUUUGGUGGGUUGUGGGUGUUGUGUUUUUUGGGGGGGUGUGGGGUGGUUGGGUGGGGGUGUUGUGGGGGGGUGUGGGGUGUGGUGGGGUUGGGGGGGGGGGUGGGGGGGGGGUGUGGUGGGGUGUGUUGUUGUUGGGUUUGUGGUGUGUUUGUUGGGGUUGGUUGGUUGUUGUUGUUUUGUGGUGUUGGGGGGGGUGUGGGGGGGUUUGGGGUGUGGGGGUUGGGGGGGUUGUGGGGGUGUGUGGGGUUUGGUGGGGGUGGUGUUUUGGGUUGGGGGGUUUGGUUGUUGGUGUUGGGUGGUUGUGGUGGGGUUGGGGGUGGUGGGGUGGGGUGGUUUGGGUGGGGGGGGGGGGGUUGGGGUGGUGGGUGGGGGGUUUGGGGGGGUUUGGGUGUUGUGUGGGGGGUGGUGGUGGGGGUGGGGGGGGGUUGGGGUGUUUUGGUGGGGGGUGUGGUUUGGUGGUGGGGGGGGGGGGUGGUGGGGGGGGGUGGGGGGUGUUUUGGUGGUUGGUGGGGUGGGGGGGGGUGGUUGGGGGGGUGGGUGGGGUUUUUUUGGUUGUUGUGUGUGUGGGUUUUUGGUUGGGUUGUGGUUUUGGGGGAAUUGAAUAUUGGUUUGUUGGUUGUGGUGGGGUGUGGGGUGUGGGGGGGUGGGGGUUGGGGGUGUGGGGGGGUGUUGUGUGGGGUGGUGGGGUGGGGUUGGGGGUGGGGGUGGUUGGUGUGGGGUGGUUGUGGGGUGUGUGUGGUUGGUUUGGGGGUGGGGUGGGUGGUUGUUUGUGGGGUAGUUGUGGGGGUUGGUGUGGGGGGUGGGUGGGUGUUUUGUUGGUUGGGGUUUGGUGGUGGGGUUUGGUGGUGGUGUGUUGGGGGGGGUGUGUGGGGGUGUGUUUUUUGGGGUGUGUGGGUGUUUUGGGGGGGGGUUGGGGGUUGGGGUUUUUUGGUGUGGUGGGUGUGGGGUUGGGGGGUGGGUUGGUUGUGUUGUUGGGGUUGGUGUGGGGGUGGGGGUGUGUGUGGGUGGGGGUUGGUGUGGUUGGGGGGUUGGGUUGUUGGGGGGGUGUGGGGGGGGUGUGGUGGGGUUUGGGUGGGGGGGUUUUGGGGGGGGGGGGGGGGGUGGGUGGUUGUGGUGGGUGGGUGGGUGGUUGGGGGGUUGGGUGGGUUGUGGUUGGGGGUGGUGGGGGUUGGGUGGGGUGUGUGUUGGGGGGGGGGUUGGGGGGGGGGGUGGGGGGGGGGGGGUGGGUGGGGGGGGGGGUGUUGUGUGUUGGGGGGGGGGGGGGGUGGGGGGGGGUUUGGGUGGUUGUGGGUGGUGGGUUGGGGGGGGAGAUUUUGGGGUGGGGGGGUGGGGUGUGGUGGGGGGGGGGGGGGGUUGGGGGGGGGUUGGGGUGGGGGGGGGGGGGUGGGUGGGGGGGGGGGGGGUGGUGUGUUGUGGUUUUUUGGUUGGGGGGGGGGGGGUUGGGUUGGGGGUGUUGUUGUGGGGGGUGGGGAGGGGGGGGGGGGGGGGGGGGGGUGUUGUUUUUGGUUUGGGUGUUGGUUGGGGGGUGGUGGGGGGGGGGGGGGUGGGGGUGUGGGUGGGUUUGGAUUGGGUUGUUGGGGGGGUUUGGGGGUGGGUUUGGUGGGGGUUUGUGUGGGUUGGGUGGGUGUGUGGUUGUGGGGUGGGGGGUGGUUGGUGUUGGUGGGUGGUUUUUUUUUGGUGGGGGGGGGGGGGGGGGUGGGGGGUGGUGGGGGUUGGGGGUGGGGUGGGGGGGGUGGGGGGGUGGGGGGGGGGGGGGGUGGGGGUGUUGGUGUUGUUUUGUGGUGGGUUGUGGGGGUUGGGGUGGUGUGUGUUGUUUGGGUGGGUUGGUGGGGUUGUGUUGGUGUGUGGUGGGUGGGGGGGGGUUUGGGUGGUGGGUGGGGGUGGUGGGGGGUGGUUGUGUUUUGGUUGGGUUUGGGGGGGGGUGUGGGUGGGGGGUGGUGGUUUGUGUGGUGUGGGGGGGUGGUGGGUGGUGGGGUGGGGGGGGGGUGGGGGGGGUUGGGUGGGUGGGUUUUGGGUUGGGUGGGGGGGGGGUGGUGGUUGUGUGGGGGGUGUUGGGGUGGGUUUGUGGGGGUGGGUUGGGGGGGUGGGGGGUUUGGGGGGUUGUUGGUUUUGGGUGGGGGGGUUGUGGGUUGGUUGGGGGGGUGGGUGUGUGGGUGUGGUUUGGGGUUUGGGGGUUGUGUGUGGGGGUUGGUUUGUUUUUUGUUUGGUUGUUGUUUGUUGUUGUGUUGGGUGGGUUGGGUUUUUUGUGUUUUUGGGGUGUGGUGUUGUUUGGUUUGGGGUUGGUUUUGUGGGUGUGUUUGGGUUUGGUGUGGGGGGGGGGUUUGGGGUUGUGGGGUGUGGGUGGUUGUUUGGGGUGUGGGGUGGGUUGUGGGGUUUGGUUGUGGUUUGGGUGGGUGUGGGGGUUGUUGGUUGGGUUUGGGUGUGGUGGUGGGGGGGGUGGUGUGGUGGGUGGGUUGGGUUGGGGUGGUGGGUUGUUUGGGGGGUGGGGGGGGGGUUUUUGGGUGGGGGGGUUUUGUGGGUUGGGGGGGGGGGGGGUGGGAGGUGGUGGGGUGGGGGGUUGGGGUGGGGGUGGGGGGGGGGGGUUGGGUGUUGGGUGGGGGUGUGGGGGGGGGGUUGGUGGGUGUGGGGGGGGGGGGUGGGUGUGGGGGGGGGGUUGGGGGUUGGGUGUUGGUGGUUUGUGGGGUGGGGGGGGGGGGGGGGGGGGGGGGGGGGGGGGGGGGGGGUGGGGUUGUGGGGUUUGGGGGUGUGGUUGGGUGUGUUUGGGGGUUUGUGUGUUUUGUGGGGUGUGUGGGGUGGGUGGGGUGUUGGGGGGGGGGGGUUUUGGGUGUUGUGGUGGGGUGGGGGGUUGUGUGGGUUUUGUUUUUUGUUGGGGGGUGGGGGUGGUUUUUGGUGUUGGGUGUUUGUGGGGGGGGGGGGGUUGUGGUUUGUUGUGUGUUUUGGUGUUGUGGGGGGUUUUGGGUGGGGGUUGGUGGUUUGGUGGGUGGUGUGUGGGGUUGUGUGGGUGGGUGUGGGUGUUGGGGGGGGGGUGGGGGGGUGGUGUGGUGGGGUUGGGUGUGGGGUGUGGGGGGUGGGGUUUUGGGGGGGGUGUUGGGUGGGGUGGGUGGGGGGGGGUGGGGGGGGGUGUGGUGGGUUUAGGGGGUGUUGGUGGGUGUUGGGUUGGUGGUUGGGGUUUGGGGUGUUGGUGGGGGGGGGGGUGGGGGGGGGGUGUUGUGUGGUGGGUGGGGUGGGGGUUUUGUGGUGGUGGUGGGGUGUGGGGGUUGUGGGUUUUUUUGGGGGGGUGUGGUGGGGUGUGGGGGUGUUUUGUGGUUGUGGGGUUGGUUGUGGGUGGGGGGGUGGUGGGGUGGGGUGUUGGGGGGGGGGGGUGGGGGUUUGGGUUGGUGGGGGUGGUUGGGGGGUUGUUGGGUUGGUGGGUGGGUUGUUGGUUUUUUGGUGGUUGUUGUUUGUGUGGGGGUUGGGUGGUGGUGGGUUUUGGGUGGGUUGUGUUGUGUUGGGGGGUGUUUUGUUGGUGGGGGGGUUGUGGGGGGUUGGGUGGGGUGGGGGGUUGGGUGGUGAGGGGGGGGUGUGGGGGUGGGGUUUGGGGGGGGGGAGGGGAGUGGGGGGGGGGUGGGGGGGGGGGUGUGGGGGUGUGGGUGUGGGGGGUGGUGGGGGGGGUGGUGGGGGGGGGGGUGUUGGUGGGGUUUGGUGUGGUGGGGGGGGUGGGGGGGGGGUGUGUUGUGGUGGUGGUGUGGGGGGGGGUGGGUGGGGGUGGGUGGGUGGGGGUGUGGGGGGGUGGGUGGUGGGGGGGUGGGGUGGGGGGGGGGGUGUGGGGUUUUGGUGGUUGGGGGUGGGGGGGGUUGGUGGGGGGGUUGGGUGGUGGUGUGGUGGGGGGGUGGUUGGGGUUUGGGGGGUGUGGUUUGGUUGGGGUUGGUUGGUUUUUUGGGUGUUUUGUGGGUUUGUUUGGGGUUUGUUGUGUGUUGGUUUUUGUGUUUUGUUGUGUGUGGUUUGGGUGGGUGGGUUGUUGUUUUGGUGUGGGGGGUGUUUUUGUGGGGUGUGUGGGGGUGGGGGUUUUGGGGGGGGGGGGGGUUGGGUGUGGUGGUGUGGGGUUGGGUGGGGGUGUUGGGGUUUGGGGGGGGGUUGGUGUGUGGGUGUGUGGUGGGUGUGGGUGGGGUGGGUUGGGAGUGGGGGUUGGGUUUUGUUUUGUGGGUUGGUUGGGGGGUGUGGUGGGGUGGUUUGGGUGGGUUGGUGGUGGUGUGGUUUUGGGGGGGGGGGUGUGGGGGGGGGGGGUGUGGUGGGGGUGGGGUUUUGGUGUGGGGGGUGGGGUGGGGGUUGUUUGGUUGGGGUGUGGGGGGUGGGUUUGUGGUUGGGUUGGUGGGUUGGUUUGGUGGGUUGUUGUGGGGUGUUGUGGUGUGGGGGUGUGUUGUGGUGGUGGGGGUGUGGGUGUGUGGUUUUUGUUUUGGGGGGUUUUUGGUGUUUUUGGGGGGGGGGUGUUUUGGUUUGGUGUGGGGGGGGGGGGGGGGGUGUUGGUUUGUGGUUGGGGGUUGUUGUUGGGGUGUGGUGUUGUGGGGUGUGUGGUUUGGUGGUGGUGUGGUUGGUUGGUUGUUGGGUUGUUUUUGGGGGGGUUGGGGUGGGGUGUGGGGGGUGUGGUUGGGUGGUUGGUUUGGGGGGUGGUGGGUGGGGGUGGGGGGGUUGUGGGGGGGGGUGGGGGGGGUGGGGUUGUGGUUGUGGGUGGUGGGUUGGGGUGUGGGGGUUGGGGGGUGGGUGGGGUGUGUUGGGGGGUGGGGGGGGUGGUGGGGGGGGUGGUGGUGGGGGGGGGGUUUGGGUUUUGGGGGGUUUGUGGGGUGUUUUGGUGGGGGGUGUUUUGGUUGGGUUUUUUUGUGUUUGGGUGGGGGGGGUGGUUGGUGUGGUUGGGUGGGGGGGGGUUUGGUUGUUUGGGGGGGUUGGUUGGGUGUUUGGGGUUUGGGGGUUGGGGUUUGUGUGGUUGUUGUGGUGGGGUUUGGGUUUGGUUUUGUUUGGUGUUUGUGGGGGUUGUGGGUGUGUGUGGUUGUGGGUUGUGGUGGGUUUGUUUUGGUGUGUUUGGGGGGGUGGGGUGUGGGGUGGGGGGGGGUGGUGGUGGGGUUGGGUGGGGGUUGUGGUGGUGUGGGGUGGGGUGUUGGGGUUGGGGGGGGUGUGGGUGUGUGUUGUGUGGUUGGUGGGGUGGGUGGGGUGGGUGGUGUUGUGUGUGUUUGUUUGGGGGGGGGGGGGUGGGUGUUGGUUGGGGUGGUGGUGGGUGGUGGGUGGGGUGGUGUUGGGGUUGUGUGGGUUGGGGGGUGGGGUUUGGGUGUGGUGGGGUGGUUGGGGUUGGGUGGGGGGGGGUGGGGGUGGGGGGGUGGGGGUUGGUUGUUGGGGUUGGGUUGGGGUUGGGUUGGGGGUGGUUGGGUGUGGGGGGUGGUGGGUGGUGGGGGUGGGGUUUGGGUGGGUGGGGGGGGGUGGUUGGGGGGGGGGGUGGGUUGGUGGGGGGUUUGGGUGGUGGGGGGUUUGGGGGGGUUAUGUUUUGGGGUGGGGGGUAUUUUGGGGGGUGGGGUGGGGUGUUGUGGGUGGGUGGUGGGUUGGGGGGGGGUUGGUGUUGGUGUGGUGGGGUGGGUUUGGGGUGUUUUGUUGGUGGGGUUGUGUUGGGGGGGGGGGGGGGGGGGGUUGGGGGUGUGUUUGGGGGGGGUUGGUGUUGGUGUGUGGUUUUGGGGUGGGGGGGUGGUUGGGGUGUGGUUGGGGGGGGGGGUUGGGUUUGUUGGGGGGGGUGGGGGGGGGGGGGGGGGGUUGGGGUUUUUUGGUGGGGUUGGGUGUGGUGGGGGGUGUGGGGGGGGGUGUUUGGGGGGGGGUUGGUGGGGGGGUUGUUUGGUGGUGGUGGGGGGGGGGGGGGGGUGGGUUGGUGGGGGGGUGGGUGUUUGGUUGGGGUGGGGGGUGGUGGGGGGUGGUUGGGUGGGGGUGUUGGGGUGGUGUUUGGGGGGGGUUGUGUUUGGGGGUGGGGUUUUUGGGGGGUGGUGGUGGGGUGGUGGGUUGGUGGGGGUUGGGGGGGUGGGGUUGGGGGGUUUGGGGUGGGUGGUUGUGUGGGGGUUUGUUGUGGGUGGUGUGUGUUUGGGGGGGGGGGGGGGGUUGGGGGUGUGUUUGGGGGGUGUGGUGUGUGGUUUGUGGUGUUUUGGGGUGGGGGUGGUUGGGGGGGGUGUGGUUGGGGGGGGUUGGGUUUGGUGUGGGGGGUGGGGGGGGGGGGGGUUUGGGUUUUUUGGUUUGGGUUGGGGGUGUGUGGGUGGUGUGGGGGGGGGGGGGGGGGUUGUGUGGGUGGGGUGGUUUGGGGGUGGGGGGGGGGGGGGGUGGGGUUUUUUUUUUUUUUUAAUUUUGUUUUUUUUUUGUUUUGUUUUUUGUUUUUUAAGUUUUUUGGGGGUUGUUUGGGGGGGUUUGGUGGUGGUGGGUGGGUGGGGGUGGGGGGGGGUUGUGGGGGGGGGGGGGGGGGGGUUGGGUGGGGGGGGGGGGGGGGGGGGGGUGGGUUGUUGGGGGGGGUGGGGGUGGGUGUGGUGGGGGGGGGUUGGGUUUGGGGUGGUGGUUGUAUGGUGGGUAGGGGGGGGGGGGUUGGUGGGGGGGGGGUGGGUGGGGGGGUGUUGGGGGGGGGGGGUGUGGGGGGGUUGGGGGGGGGGGGGGGGGGGUGGGUGUGUUGUGUGGGGGGGGGGUGUGGGGGGGGGGGGGAUGGGGAUGGGGUGGAUUGUUGUGGGGUGUUAGGGUUAGGGGGUGGUGUUGUGGGUGGUUGUUGGGGGGGUGUGUUUGUGUUGUGGGUGGGUGGUGGUGGGUUUUUUGUUGGGGUGGUUUUGGGGGUUUUGUUUUUUUUUGUAUUGGUGAGUAUGGUGUUGGGGUGGGGGGGGUGGGGGUUAUUUUUUGUUGUGAGGUGUUUUGGUUUGUUUGGGGUUGGGUUGUGGGGGUUGUUUGUGUUGUGUUUGGGGGUGGGGGGGGUGGGGGUUUGGUUGUUUUUGGGGGGGGGUUGUAGUGUUGUGUGUGUGGUUUGUUUUGGUGGGUGGGGGGUGUUUGGUUUGUUUUGUGUGGGUGGGGUUUGUUUGGGGGUGGUGGUUGUGGAGGGGGGGGGGUGGUGGGGGUUGUGGGGGGGGGGGGGUGGGGGGUUGGGGGGUUGGGGUUUGGUUGUGUUUGUUGUGGUUGGGGGAUGGGGGGGGGGGGGGGGGGGGGGGUGGUUGGGGGGGGUGGGGGGGGGUUUGGGGGUGGUGGGUUGGGUGGGGGUGGGGGGGGGGGGGGUGGGGUUUUUGGGGGUGGGGGUGGGGGGGGGGGUGUUUGGGGGGGGGGGUGGAGGUGGGGGGGGUGGGGGGUUGUUUGGUUUUGUGGGGUUGUUGGUUGGGUUUGGGGGGUUGUGUGUGUGGGGUGUGUGGGUUGUGGGGUUUUGGGGUGUUGGGUGGGGUUGGGGGUGGGUUUGUUGUGUGGGGGGGUGUGGUGUUGUGUGUGGGGGGUUGGGGGGUUUGUGGGGGGGGGGGGGGGGGGGGGGUUGUGUUGUUGUGUGUUGGUGGGGGGGGGGGGUUGGGGUGGUGGUGGGUGGGGGUUUAGGGGUUUGGUGGUUUGUGGUGUUGGGUGUGUGUGUGGGUUUUGUGGUGGUUGGUUGGGUGUGGUGUUUUGGGGUUUGUUUUGGGUUUGUUGGUUGUGGUGUUGGUGUGUUGGGGUGGUGUGGGUGUGUUGUUGUUUGGUGGGGGGGUGGGGGUGGUGGGUGUGGUGGGGUGGGGUGUGGGUGGGGGGGGGUGGGUGGGUGGUGGGGGUGGGGGGGGGGGUUGGUUGUUGUUGGUGGUGGUUUGGGGUUUGGUGUUGGGGGUGUUGGGGGUGUGGGUUUGGGUGUUGUGUGGGUGUGGGUGGUGGGGUGGGUUUGGGUGGGGGGUGGGGGUGGGUUUGGUUGUGGGGGUGGUUGGGGCGGUUUGGGGUGUGUUUGUUGGGGGGGUGUUUGGGGGGGGGGGGGUGGGGUGUGUGGUGUGGUGUGGGUGUGUUGUGUGGUGUUGUGUGUUGGGUUGGGUGGGGGUGGUUGGUGUGGUGGUGGUGUGUUGUGUUUUUGUUGGUUGGUGUGUGUUUGUGUGGGGGGGGGGGGGGGUUUGUUGUUUGUUUGUGUGUUGUGUGUGGUGGGGGGGGUUGGGUGGGGUUGGUUUUGGUUUGGUUUGUUUGUAGUUGUGGGGUUGGGGGGGGUGGUUAUUUAUGGGUGGAGAUGGAUAAGUUGUGGUGGUGUUGUGGGGUUGGUGGGGGUGGGGGUGGGGGUGGGUGGUUUUGGGUGGGUUUGUUUUUUGUGGUGUGUGGUGUGGGGUUUGUGGGUUUUUGGUUUUUUGUUGUGGUGUGUGGUGGUUUGUGGGUUGUGGUGGGGGGGGGUGUGGUGUUGGGGUGGGGGGGGAGGAGGGGUGGGGUGUUGGGGGGUGGGGGGGGGUGUUUUUAUUUUUUGGUGGGGUGGUUUGUGGGGGGGGGGUGUGGGUUGUGGGGUGGGUGUGGGGGUGGGGGUGGUUUUGGGUUGGGUUUGGUUGGGGUGGGGGUGGGGUGGGGUGGUUUUGGUGUUGGGGUGUUGGGUGGGUGGGGGGGGGGGGGGGUGGUGGUUGGUGGGUAUGUGUGGUUUUUGGGGUGGUGGGGGGUGUGGGGGGGGGUUGUUGUUUGUUGGGUUUGGUGUGGUGGGGGGGGGGUGUGUGGGGGGGGUGUGGGGGGUUGUGGUUGUGUUGGGUGUUGGGGUGUUGGUUUGGGGGGGUUUGUGGGUUUUGUGGGUGGGGGUGGGGUGGGGUUAUGUGUGGUUUAUGUGUGUAGGGUGGUGGGGUGUGGGGUUGUUGGGUGGUGUUUGGGGGGGGGUGGGGGGGUGGGGGGGGUGGGGUUGGGGGGUUUGUGGGGGGGUUUUUUUGGGGGUUUUGGUUGAGUGUUGGUUGGUGUGGGGUGGGGGGGUUUGGUUUGUUUGUGUUGGGGUGGUUUUGGGUGUGUGGGUGUGGGUUGUGUGGUGUGUUUGUGGUGGGGGGGGGGGUGGGGUUUGUGUGGUGGGUUGUUGGGGGGGGGGUUGGGUGGGUGGGGGGUGGUGGGUGAUGUGGGUUUGUGUGUGGGGUGGGGUUUUAGGUUUGGGGGUUUGUGUUUGUGUUGGGGGGGUGGGGUGUUGUGGGGUAGUGGGUGGGUGGGUUUGGUUUGUUUUGGUGGUGGUGGAGUGGUUGGGUUUUGUGGGGUUUGUGGUUUUUUUGGGUGGUGGUUUUUUGGGGUUUGGGGGGGGGGGGGGGGGGUGGUUGGGGUGGGGUGGGGGUGGGGUUGGGUGUGUGGGGGGGGGUUGUGGUUGUGGGGGGGGGUUGGUGGGGGGGGGGGGUGGGUGGUUGGGGGGGGGGGGGGGUGGGGGGGGGGUGUGGUGGUGUUGUGUUUGUUGGGGGGGUGGGUGUUUGUGGUGUGGGGGGGGUUGUGUUGUGGUGGUUUUUGUGUUUGUGUUUUUGGGGGUUUUUGGGUGUGGUUGGUUUGGUGUGGGUUUUGUGGGUUGGGUUUUUUGUGGGGUGGGGGUAGAUGUGGGUGUUUUGUUUUGUGUUUUUGGUGGGUGGUGGGGGUUGGGUGUUGGUUUUUUUGGUUUUGGGGGGGGGGGGGGGGGGGGGGUGGUGUGGGGGGGUGUGUGGGUGGUGUAUGGGGGGGAAUUGGAUUAUGUUGGGGGUUGGGUGGUGAUGUGUGGUGGGGUGGGGUGGGGGGGUUUUGUGGGUGGUUGGGGGUGGGGGGUUUUGGGGUGGUGGUGGGUGGGGGGGGUGGCGGGGUGUGGGGGUUGUGGUGGGUUUGGGUGGGGGGGUGGGGGGGUGGUUGGGUGGUGGGGGGGGGGGUGGUGGAGGAGUGUGUGGGUUGGGGUCGAGUGGGGAGGGGAGAGGUUGGAGUGUUUUGGGGUGGGGGGGGGGUGGUGGGGGGUAGUUUGGGGUGUGUUUUGA